AUAAUUAAACAACCAAGAAGUUUUGGACGAACCCAAGAAUGUCUCACUUUACUCAUUGUUUUAUAUGUUGAGUGCUCUUCCAUUUACGAACUUUCUUAUCACAAACUUCCUUUGUAACUAAAUCCCCAAUGGCCACUCCUCUGUUCGAAACAGUUGCAAUCAAAAGACCCAUUGACACAAUCUUCAACGCUGCAAUUUUCCUCCUCCUCCUUUCUCUUCUCGGCUACCGCAUCUAUUUCCUCCGUACCAACGGCUUCGAUUGCCUCCAUUUCACCGCCUUCCUUUGCGAGCUCUGUUUCACUUUCACUUUCUUUCUUCUCAUCGUUAUCAAAUCCAACCCCGUUCGCUUCAUUACUUAUCCCCGCCGUCUUCUUAAACGAGUUGAGGAGAUCCCUGCGGUGGAUGUAUUUGUUACGACGGCGGAUCCGUCGUUGGAACCGCCGAUAAUUACUGUAAAUACGGUGCUGUCUAUUUUGGCGGUUGAUUAUCCGGUGAAUAAAUUGGGUUGCUAUGUAUCGGACGAUGGGUGUUCUCCGAUUACUUUCUAUUGUUUAACAGAAGCGGUGGAAUUUGCGAAGAUUUGGGUUCCGUUUUGUAGAAAAUAUGGGAUUCGGCUCAGAGCACCGUUUCGCUACUUUUCUACUGCUUUAGGAGCCGACGAAUCCGACGAGUUUCUGCAGGAGUGGAACAUAAUCAAGGGCGAGUACGAGAUGUUGUGCCGCAAGAUCGAGGAAUCAAAUCAAGCAUGGGACUCACGUGACUUCCCAUUUUUCUGUGGUACGGAUUCCAAAAAUCAUGCUCCAAUUAUCAAGAUAAUAUGGGAGAACAAGGAAUGCGAAAAUUUACUUCCUCACUUGAUUUACGUGUCAAGAGAAAAGAGGCUCAAACAUUCCCACCAUUAUAAGGCUGGAGCCAUGAACGUUUUGACAAGAGUUUCUGGAUUGAUGACAAAUGCUCCAUAUAUAUUGAAUGUUGACUGUGAUAUGUUUGUGAAUGACUCCAAUGCAAUUCUUCAAGGAAUAUGUCCCUUCAUUGACCCCAAAAAUGAUAAAGAAGUUGCAUACGUCCAAUUUCCUCAACGUUUCUAUGGUGGAUUAAAAGAUGAUUUAUAUGGAAAUCAUUUAAUUGUCUCCAUGGAGUACAUUGUUCCAGGACUAGCAGGAAGUCAAGGCCCAAGCUACAUGGGAACUGGGUGUAUUCAUAGACGAAAAGUCUUAUAUGGUCAGUCACCAAAUGAACAUAAAAUUAAUGGAAAUAUUUCAGAAACUACAUUAUACAGAACAUUUGGAAACUCCGAGGACUUCAUCAAAUCAGCUACUUCUGCUUUAAUGGGAAUCGCUGAUUAUCCAAACUCCUUGCAAUGUUCAAUCGAAGCUUUAAACAAAGUCGCAAGUUGUAGUUACGAGAAUGAUACUUUUUGGGGUCUUAAGGUCGGUUGGUACUACGGGUCGGUGACGGAGGACAUUUUCACAGGGAUGAUGAUCCAAGGGAAGGGUUGGAAAUCCAUAUACCUAAACCCAAACCCAGCAGCGUUCCUAGGUUGUGCCCCAACAACUGGGCCAUCUACAUUCACUCAGCUGAAGAGAUGGACAACAGGGUUCCUUGAAAUUUUCUUCACUAAAAACUGCCCAAUUUUUGCCACUCUCUUUGGUAAACUUCACCUCAAGCUGUGUAUGUUCUAUGUGUGGAUCUAUCUUUGGGGACCCCAAUCCAUUCCUGAGCUUUGCUACUCCCUUUUGCCUGCCUAUUCUCUUCUCACAAACUCUCACUUCCUACCCCAGGUACAUGAACGUGCAAUAUUCAUUCCACUUUUACUCUUAGUCCUCUACAACCUCCAACAAGUGUUACAAUUCUUGAAAACGGGGCAAUCAAUUAGGGCUUAUUGGAACAACCAAAGAAUGGCGAGAAUAAACACAAUGUGCCCCUAUUUCUUUGGAGUUGUUGGUAUUGUGCUUAAGUUCUUAGGAUUAGCGGAAACAAUGUUUGAAGUAACAAAAAAGGAGUCGUCUUCUUCGAAUGACAGCGGUGAGAUCGAUGAAGGUUCGUUCAUAUUCGAUGAGUCACCGUUGUUUUUGCCAGGUACAACAGUUUUGAUGAUGCAAUUGAUGGCAUUGUUUACGAGUAUUUGGAGACGGCCGGCUGAGCCCGGUGGAGUAGGGGAAGUGAUAUGCAGUGUGUGGUUGAUUUUGUGUUUCUGGCCAUUCUUGAAAGGGAUGUUUAGGAAGGGAAGAUAUGGACUUCCCUUUUCCACCAUUUGCAAGUCUAGCGUUUUAACAUUGUUGUUCGUGUAUUUGUCUCAAAAGGCAUAAAUGUAGGACAAGUAGAACGUAUGUUAUUGUCUUCUUUGUUCUCCAAUAAAUAUUUGUCUUUCUUUUUAAUAAGAAUAAAGUAUGAUUUUAGCACCA